AUGAGCCGACCGUUGUCAGGACUGGUGGGACAUCAUCGGAAGAAGACGCUGGUGCUUGAUCUGGAUGAGACCUUGAUCCAUUCGACCUCGAGGGGUUCGAGAUCCCAGGGAUAUAUGGUCGAGGUGCUCGUGGACCGGCAUGCGUGUCUGUAUUAUGUACAUAAGCGGCCUCAUGUGGAUUAUUUUUUGAAAAAGGUCGCGGAAUGGUACAAGCUGGUGAUAUUCACGGCGUCGAUGGCGGAAUACGCAGAUCCUGUUAUUGACUGGCUGGACCAGAAUCGGACACUUUUUGAAAAGCGUUACUUUCGCCAGGCAUGUUUCUUCCGCAAUGGCAGUUACUUGAAGGACUUGACUGUAAUUGACUCGGACCUGUCUUCGGUCUGUUUGCUCGACAAUUCUCCUGUAUCAUACUCCUUGAACAAAGAGAAUGGCAUCCCAAUUGACAGCUGGAUCGAUGACCCUAAUGACGAGGCAUUACUGGAUCUGCUUCCCUUCUUGGACGCACUUCGCUUCACGGAAGAUGUCCGAUCCGUUCUUUCCUUGCGCACAAUAUAG